AUGAAGAUCAACCCAGCACCCCUCCACCUUGCGCAAACUAUCCUCACAGCCCUUAUCAUUGUGUUCAGCAUUGCUAUUCUCGGUACUAGCGCACAUACUCUCGAUGUUUUCAACAAACAACAGACCUCCAACCCGUGGUGGCUACCCAUGUGGCCACAGCACUUUGAUGUUCACGGGACAAAAGCAUUGCUCGCCUCGUCCAUCGUAACUCUUGUCCUGACGUCUGCAUUCCUCGUCGCCUCCUACAUCCCCAGCCUGAACCUCAAGCAAAAGCACACCCUCCGCGCCGCCCUCUCUCUGUGCUGUAUCCUCCCCUCGCUCCUCCUGACCCUCAUCUCCACAGUCUGGGGCCACAUCCUCAACCGCCAAACGCCCGACAUCGAUACCAUCCAGACCUGGUCGUGUAAAUACCAACACAGCUCCCCGCUGCGCCAGGACCUGACCCUGCCCUCCAACAUGGGUAACUCAAACUUCAGCGCCGUCUGCCGCGAAUCGCGAUUCGCCCUCUACGGUACUCUAAUCACCUUCUUGUUGUUGGGGUUCAGCAUGGUGUUGAGUUUCGUGUGCUGGGGCGCGGACAAGUACGCUGCGAGGCAGCAGAGGAAGAACGGCGAGACGGGCGAGGAGGGGAGCGUUGCGGAGCUAAGUUAUGUCCCCAAGGCCUAUGCGCCGUAA